ACAAGACCAGCCUUCCCCAGAGCAUCCCCGCCGCGGAGCGCAACCUUCCCCAGAGCAUCCCCGCCGCGGAGCGCAGUCUUCCAGAAGCAGAGCGCGGCGCCAUGGCCAAGAACACGGCGAUCGGCAUCGACCUGGGCACCACCUACUCGUGCGUGGGUGUGUUCCAGCACGGCAAGGUGGAGAUCAUCGCCAACGACCAGGGCAACCGCACGACCCCCAGCUACGUGGCCUUCACCGACACCGAGCGCCUCAUCGGAGACGCCGCCAAGAACCAGGUGGCGCUGAACCCGCAGAACACCGUGUUCGACGCGAAGCGGCUCAUCGGCCGCAAGUUCGGCGACCCGGUGGUGCAGUCGGACAUGAAGCACUGGCCCUUCCAGGUGGUGAAGGACGGCGACAAGCCCAAGGUGCAGGUGAACUACAAGGGCGAGAGCCGGUCUUUCUUCCCGGAGGAGAUCUCGUCCAUGGUGCUGACGAAGAUGAAGGAGAUCGCCGAGGCGUACCUGGGCCACCCGGUGACCAACGCGGUGAUCACGGUGCCCGCCUACUUCAACGACUCUCAGCGGCAGGCCACCAAGGACGCGGGCGUGAUCGCGGGUCUGAACGUGCUGCGGAUCAUCAACGAGCCCACGGCGGCCGCCAUCGCCUACGGGCUGGACCGGACCGGCAAGGGCGAGCGCAACGUGCUCAUCUUCGACCUGGGGGGCGGCACGUUCGACGUGUCCAUCCUGACGAUCGACGACGGCAUCUUCGAGGUGAAGGCCACGGCGGGAGACACGCACCUGGGCGGGGAGGACUUCGACAACCGGCUGGUGAGCCACUUCGUGGAGGAGUUCAAGAGGAAGCACAAGAAGGACAUCAGCCAGAACAAGCGCGCGGUGCGGCGGCUGCGCACUGCGUGCGAGAGGGCCAAGAGGACGCUGUCGUCCAGCACCCAGGCCAGCCUGGAGAUCGACUCCCUGUUCGAGGGCAUCGACUUCUACACGUCCAUCACGCGGGCGCGCUUCGAGGAGCUGUGCUCGGACCUGUUCCGCGGCACGCUGGAGCCCGUGGAGAAGGCCCUGCGCGACGCCAAGAUGGACAAGGCGCAGAUCCACGACCUGGUGCUGGUGGGCGGCUCGACGCGCAUCCCCAAGGUGCAGAAGCUGCUGCAGGACUUCUUCAACGGGCGCGACCUGAACAAGAGCAUCAACCCUGACGAGGCGGUGGCCUACGGGGCGGCGGUGCAGGCGGCCAUCCUGAUGGGGGACAAGUCUGAGAACGUGCAGGACCUGCUGCUGCUGGACGUGGCGCCGCUGUCGCUGGGUCUGGAGACGGCGGGCGGCGUGAUGACGGCGCUCAUCAAGCGCAACUCCACCAUCCCCACGAAGCAGACACAGACCUUCACCACCUACUCGGACAACCAGCCCGGGGUGCUGAUCCAGGUGUACGAGGGCGAGAGGGCCAUGACGCGCGACAACAACCUGCUGGGGCGCUUCGAGCUGAGCGGCAUCCCUCCGGCGCCCAGGGGCGUGCCCCAGAUCGAGGUGACCUUCGACAUCGACGCCAACGGCAUCCUGAACGUCACGGCCACGGACAAGAGCACCGGCAAGGCCAACAAGAUCACCAUCACCAACGACAAGGGCCGCCUGAGCAAGGAGGAGAUCGAGCGCAUGGUGCAGGAGGCCGAGCGCUACAAGGCGGAGGACGAGGUGCAGCGCGAGAGGGUGGCUGCCAAGAACGCGCUCGAGUCCUAUGCCUUCAACAUGAAGAGCGCCGUGGAGGACGAGGGUCUCAAGGGCAAGAUCAGCGAGGCUGACAAGAAGAAGGUGCUGGACAAGUGCCAGGAGGUCAUCUCCUGGCUGGACUCCAACACGCUGGCCGAGAAGGAGGAGUUCGUGCACAAGCGGGAGGAGCUGGAGCGGGUGUGCAGCCCCAUCAUCAGCGGGCUGUACCAGGGUGCGGGUGCUCCCGGGGCUGGGGGCUUCGGGGCCCAGGCGCCCAAGGGGGGCUCUGGGUCAGGGCCCACCAUCGAGGAGGUGGAUUAGAGGCCCCUCCCGGCUCUCCAGGUGCUGGCUAGGAGACAGAUAUUUGGCACCGAUGGCCGCUGGUGCACCAGUUACUGUCAAGUUUAGUCAGUCUGCUGGAGUUCAGUUUUAAGUUACAACCUUUCAUAAGGUAAUUGGGUUGACUGUUAAAUUUUGUAUGCUUAUGUUUUUUCUAUAUUCGAAAUUAACGUUUUGAGCUACUCUGGGCACAGUACCAGGGGAUUUUGGUUUAUAACUAAUGACAAGUAAAGUCUACAGAAAUUUUGGGAUUUUUUUAUCAUUGUUCCAGUGGCCUGGGGAGAUAUUGUCUUGUUGCCCAGUUUCUUUUCAGGACGGUCAUCUCUAAGACAAACUGUCUCUCAGAAACUUCUUUGUUCUGUGUACUACAAAUCUUUGCUCCUUUGUACUUAAAACUUUAGUUAUUUGCUUGUCCACAUUAAGGUUUUGUGGUAUAACCAGCCUGUUCGUAGCAUUUAAUCUAAGUAGGUUAAAGAUGUUUCCUUCUUGCAGACAUUCUGCACUGCCACCCUGUGUACAUUUUUUUCUUUGCAUCGCUACAAACUAAGACAAAAAAAUCUUUUAUAGCUUAAAUAUUCAAAAUAAAACGUUACAAGUA